GUGUUCCGGCACGGCGCUCGCACGCCGCUGAAGCCCAUCCCCUGCGGGCGGCAGGUGGAAUGGCAUCCUACCCUGUUGGAAGUCCCUGCUCAAACUCAGUUUGAUUACACAGUAACUGACCUCAAUGGUGGCCCAAGACCCCAUUCCCCUUAUGAAGAUCAAUAUAAAAAAACUGUGCUGAAGGGUGGUGUGAUUGCAGGGCAGCUGACGAGGGUUGGGAUGCAGCAGAUGUUUGCACUGGGGGAGAGGCUAAGGAGAAGCUACAUAGAGGAACUCAACUUCCUCUCUUCAGCGUACAAGCCUUCCGAGGUGUUUGUCCGUUCCACCAAUAUAAUUCGGAAUCUGGAGUCCACGCGCUGUCUGCUGGCUGGGCUGUUUCAGCAGCAGAGAGAAGGACCCAUCACAAUUGUCACAGAUGAAGCAAACACAGAAAUCCUAUACCCCAAUUAUCAGAAUUGCCAACGCCUGAAACACUUGAGCAGGGAUAAAAUGGGCAGCGUCUUGUGGCAGCCAGGCAUUUCUGAUGAUCUGAAGACCAUUAAAAAGAAGAUGGGUAUUGACACUGAUAAGCAGGUGGACUUUUUCCUUCUACUUGACAACAUCUUUGCUGAACAGGUGCACGACUUGCCCAGCUGCCCUGUGCUGAAGAGCUUCCUGCACAUGAUCGAGCAGCGAUCUAUUGACUCUUUCCUUUACAUCAUGGCAUAUGCUUCCAGGGAAGUUCUUCAAAUGGCUGUUGGUCCCCUUCUGUAUGCACUCCAGAAAAAUAUUCUGGAAGCAGUGGCUUCACCAUCUUCAGCUACAGCAGCCAGAAAGUUCAUUCUCUAUGCUUCUCAUGAUGUUACCCUCAUCCCUCUCUUGAUGGCACUGGGAAUCUUCGAUCACAAAUGGCCCCCGUAUGCCUCAGAUGUGACAAUGGAACUGUAUCAGCACCAGCAUUCCAAAGAGUGGUUUGUACGCCUGUCUUACUGCGGACAGGAGCAAGUAGUGAAAGGAUGCAAGACAGGUCUGUGUCCACUGGAAGAAUUUCUAAACGCUGUCGCGCACUACAGCCUGAGUCCAGAGGAGUACAGUACCCUUUGUUCCCAGAUGGAGAAGCAGCAGCAGACUGUCUCAUAACGAGCAUUUUAGAUUAAACUCCAUGUAUUGCC